GAAUGUACGGCAAUAAAAAUAAUACCAUGUCGUCAUUCAAGGUAUAUUGAUAUCAAAUAUAAUUAUCAAUGUUGCUUGUCAGUUGUAAGUUGUAGUUGUCGUCAUCAUUUACCUCUAUCACGCGGUUGCGGUGCUUUAGCCCGUCCGUUAGUACUUUAGUAGCCGUGUUGCUAGCUUCCUUGACCGGAUUUUGAGGUCUGAUCGCCUCCUUUCAACCGAAGGUCAUUCCGGAAGUUCCUCGUCGUCCCAGCACACACCAUGCCACCCCUGGCUGCCGCCGUAAGACCGCUACCCGAGGAAGAUGUCAAACUACCCGGCAUCAACGCAGUCCUGCUUGGGCCACCCGGUUCGGGCAAGGGGACACAGGCUCCAAAACUGUUGCAAAAAUUUUACUCAUGUCACCUGUCCACAGGCGACAUGUUGCGCUCUGAAGUGGCCUCCGGUUCGGAACUAGGUCAGAGGGUGAAACAAGUAAUAGAAUCAGGUAACCUGGUUAGUGAUAGUCUUGUUGUUGAUUUAAUUGAUCAAAAUUUAGACAGACCAGAGUGUAGACAAGGAUUCUUAUUAGACGGUUUCCCACGAACAGUACCUCAAGCUGAAAAAUUGGACAAUCUUUUAGAAAAACGGAAAACACAGCUGGAUUCUGUAAUUGAGUUUAACAUAAGUGAUAGUUUAUUGGUUCGCCGUAUAACAGGGCGUUUGAUUCACCCUGCCAGCGGUCGAUCAUAUCACGAUGAAUUCCACCCACCAAAAGUUUAUAUGAAAGAUGAUGUAACUGGGGAGUCAUUGAUUCGUCGUGCUGAUGAUAAUGUGGAUGCUCUUAAAAAGCGUCUUGAAUCAUAUCACAAACAAACAUCUCCAUUGAUAGAUUAUUAUCAGAAAAAAGGAAUUCAUUCUAAAGUUGAUGCCUCUAAGAGUUCUGAUGAAGUUUUCAAAAUGGUAGAAAAUAUAUUUUUGCGUUGUUCAAGUUCAGCCAAUAAAGACAGAGUAAUAUUUGUUUGAAUCAUUCCAAUUUUGAACUUUAAUGUUUGAUGUUUUCAAAAUAUUGAACUUGCAAAAUCAUACAGUUUUCCAUUUUCUCAAUAACUUUAGUAACUAUAAUUCUAAUUAAAUGAUCUGAAAUUGUAAAUCUUUUAUAAUAGAAACUGGUAUAUUAUUCAGUGUUACCUUUUUAACAAAUAAUAAUUAUUUUGGGUUUAAUAUAAACAAAAACCAGUGAUUUUGGGAAGUAAGUAUGGUUAUUUAAUUUAACAUAUUUGGUGUACUUAUUAAGAAGCUUUUACGGGUUUAAUAAAUAAAAAUUUUGUUUGAUUUA